AUGGGGAGGAUAUUUGUAGUGGAUCUUGAAGGCAAAACUUACAACUGCAAAUUCUGCAAAACCCAACUUGCCCUUGUUAAUGAUCUUAUUUCAAAGGAUUUUCUUUUUCUCAUGGGAAAAGCAUACUUGUUAAGAAAUGUGGUAAAUAUAAAUUUUGGACCUAAUGAGGAGAGAAUGAUACUUUCUGAAAUGCACACAGUUGCAGAUAUAUUUUGUUGUUGUUGUGGGCAGAUUGUUGGCUGGAAAUUUGUGGCGAUCCCAAAUGGCAAAAAUCACAAGUAUAAAGAAGGGAGAUUUGUUCUUGAAAUAGGAGGGAUUGUUGACUCUGAAUUGUAUAUUGAUAAUACUAGUCCAAGCAUGAGUGAUGCAUAA